UAUCUUUCCUUUUUCUUGGGUUCUCAUUAUUUUUACUGUGAAACAGAGAAAGCUAUGCGUAUGGUGGCCUUCAUAUCAUUGCAUUUUGCAGGUGAGGAAGACAUUGUUCUUCAAGGCCUAAACAGUUACAGAACAUCAUCAGGCCUGCCAGCCUUCACAAAUAAUGAAAAGGCGUCGUGCCUUGCUGAUAAAAUUGCCGAAAGAGUACAAGAGCACCAACCAUGUUCUGCAAGUGCCAACUCUAUUCAGUUAGCAAACUACCCAGACCUACUACAAUACUGCGGCAUUAACGUUGCCCACAUUAGUGAUGGUGCAGUUUUGCCUGUUUGCGUGCCCAAUUUGGUUCCAACUCUUGUGCUUGCCGGUUAUACACAAACCCAGUAUGCCAAUUACAUCAAUGACUUGAAGUUCACUGGAGCAGGAAUUGCCUCUGAGGACGAUUGGAUGGUUGUGAUUUUGAGCACAAGCACUCCGGAGGGAAGCUUCGCAGCAGGAGGCCAUAGUUUGAUUUCCACCACCGGAGGGCAUUUUGCAGGAGCUAAUAGUUUGGUUUCCAAGGUUGAUUUUGGUUAUUGCUUGGUUUCUUUCUUGCUGGGUAUGCUUGUUAAUUAAUGCUCAAGUGCCUUUGGCCUGGUUGUAAUUAUAUAUGCAUUAUAAGCAAAUUAAUGGAUUUAAUGAUCGACUCGAAGAGAUUGUAAAUAAUUAAUAUCAUUCGAUUAAUAGUAUUUAUUGAAUGCUUUCGGUUAUA